AUGGACGACACGAAGCCGAACAGCGAGGUCAUGUCCGCAGAGUACGCUGGCAGCGAAAAAGCUGCCACGAAUCAGCAAUCAGUCGCUACCAAGACUCAUAAGGAUAUUGUUCUUGUGCCACAGCCUACGGACGAUCCACACGAUCCACUGAACUGGUCAACGCCACGAAAGCUGCUCGUUCUCUUCAUCGUGUCCUUCGCCGGUUUCUCUGGCAUGCUGCAAGCUGUUGGGAAUGUGUCCAGUAUCUUUCAACAGGGUGCCCUUUACCACAAGACGCCGGUCGAGAUCACCUACUCGAUCUCCGCUGCCACUGCCGGGCUUUGCGCAGGCCCAUUGUUCUGGGCGCCUGCAGCACAGAAGUUUGGUCGCACUGGCUGCAUCCUGUGGGCCAUGGUUUUCACUAUUCUUUGCACUGUGUGGGCUGCAGUCAGCACAUCUCCUGGGAACUAUGAGAGCUUCGUGAUCUCACGGCUCUUUGGGUGCAUCUUCGGCUCAGCGGCCACCUGCUUGGGCGCAUCUUUCAUCACCAAUGUGUUCUUUCUCCACCAGCGUGGCAAGUGUUUCAGCUUCUACAGUGUCAUGGUCUUACUCGGAACACUGGCAGGACCUACAUUCUCAGGCUUCAUUGUUGGCCAAGGGGAGUCUUGGACAGUUGAGUACUGGUAUAACGUCGGCCUGGAAGGCUUUGUUGUCCUUCUCAUCUUCUUCUUUAUGGAGGAGACAGGAUAUAGCCGGCCUGGACGUCCUGAGUAUCCCGAGCGGUCACCCACGUUUUCUGGACGUGCUAUCGAUGCGUACCUGUUCCGCAAGCCCAGCGUGCCCUUAGGACGAACGUGGAGUGAUAUUGGAAAAUUGGCUAUUGUGCCGUUUCGCAUUGGAUUGCAUCCUGUUGGCAUGCUCGGGGGUAUCUUUAUCCUCGUAGUGUUUGGCUGGAGUGUGGGCGUCAACAACCUACUUGCAGUAUUUGUUCAGUCUCCGGUCGAAGCUGGCGGAUACGGUUUCACCCCCACCGCGAACGCGUACUUCACCUUUUCUGCUUGGCUAGGCUGCAUCGUUGGCAACCUGUACGGUCUAUUCGCUGCAGACAAAUUACCUCUCUGGGUCUGUAAACGAGGCGGCGGUGUCUGGAAGCCAGAGUACCGUCUUCAUGCUCUUUGGCUCCCCACAUUCUUUGGCCUUCCGGUCGGACUCGGAUUAUUCGGCGCUGCGCUGCAGUAUCAUCUGCACUGGAUCGUUGCCGCAAUUGGCAACUUUAUGCUCAACUUCUCCUCGAACGUAGCGGUCCCCGUUAUUGUCAACUAUGAAGUGGAGUGCUUCACCAAAUACCCCGUGGAGGCUGCCACGAUCAUGAACUUUUACCGCACGCUGUUUGGCUUGGCCAUCCCAUUCUUCAUCGAUCCUUGGCUUGCCGCGGUAGGUGUUGGAUGGGUAUUUGGCAUGAUGUCAUUCUUCUCAAUCGGAGCUUUUAUGCUGGUCAUAGUCCUGAUGGUCUGGGGCUCUACCAUUCGGCACAAGGUCAGAAGCAGCAUAAUGUCUACUGAGGAGGGGACCAAGAUCAUUGAUGCAAAUGCUUCGCAUCUCGAUGUGGAGGCACAUUGA